UGGCCUGCUCCGAUCACCCUGGCCCCGAGGCCUUAUCAGAGGCGCCGCCCGCGGCCUAUAAUAGCUGGGCCGGCGUCUCCCUUUGCCUCCAGAUUGGCCUGUGACUCCGGCAGACAUGUUACGUACUCUGUGCCUCCUAGCUGUCCUCGCAAGCGUGCGCGCCUGCAAGCCCUGCACAUGCGGCGUCACGCGGGGUGCUCGCGUUGUGGGAGGAGGAGCCCUAACUCCUGGGGAGUUCCCCUGGCUGGCUGCUCUAAAGAGAGACGGGAAACUCAUCUGUGGAGCCACAGUGAUCGCCCGGGACCACCUCAUCACAGCUACACAUUGUAUUUAUGAGGUUGAAGCGUCUCGGUUAACAGUACUAGUGGGUGCGUACGACGUAAACAAUACGGUCUCAGAUGGAUACCAGGUGGCCCAGGUGUUGCAGCACCCUGACUUCAACCGGUACACGUACGACAACGACAUCGCUGUUUUGCGGUUGGCUGAACCGCUGCCUGAUAAGCUCUUCAGACCCGCAUGUUUGCCAGAUGAUGAAGACCUGCUAGAUGGCGGUGAUGCUAUCGUGUCUGGAUGGGGCAGCACUAUAGAAAAAGGUCCUCCGUCUAAUAUUCCUAUGAAGGCUGAAGUACAAAUCUGGUCUCAAGAAGAAUGCACCAAUGCUGGCUAUGGACGACGGAAGGUUACUCCGAGGAUGAUCUGCGCGAAUGCGCCGGAGAGGGACUCCUGCACUGGUGAUUCCGGUGGACCCUUGUUGAUGGCUCAGCCGUACUUCACGCUUGUUGGCAUCGUUUCUUGGGGACGCGGAUGUGCCAGACAAGGAUACCCCGGAGUCUACGCUCGAGUUGAUAGAUUUAUGCCGUGGCUCAAAGUCGCGUUACGUCAUGCCUGUACUUGCCAGCCACCAUUGUAACGUACUACUCUUAUAUAUAGCCUCAGCAUAUGGUCGGAUUCGGUACAGUCCGGACGGUAAUAAUAAAAAAUUUUGUGCGAUGGUUCGGUCGGACCAAAUCCGAUCAGAAGUGGCUAUUAUUUUGGACAAUCGUAUUAAUAUAAUUCACUUAACGUUUUUUGUAAGCCGAUUGGAAUGAAAUAAAAUCAAUAUUAUAGGCGAUUACCUACCUGCCGCAAAAUACCAUGGAAAACCGCAUUCAAAUAGGUUUAGUCAAAAAGUUGUAAAAUAAAUUGUUAAGAUUUUUUCGGCGUCGCCUACAUUAGUAGGUACCUACUUAUAUCGUUAUUACAUUGUUUUUUUUUUUAUAUUUAAUGUUCACACAGUGCAUGUUAAUAAUGUAUUAUACUUUUUAAAUAAGUUUGCGUGACGCAUGCUUAGAGGUUUAUUUAAUUUAUAAAUAAAAAAAAGAGUCUAUGAGUCGCUCUUCGAACUAUGUUCAACCAAUUUAUUUGAUAUUUAAAUAUAAUGUAAAAAGUAAGUUAUCGUCUUUAACAUGUAGGUAACAUAGCUCUAUUUAAAGCGUAAUUGGACUGAUUUUAAAAACGUAGAGUUAUAAUAAAAAAUUGUAGUAAUCAAUUGAUUUGCUUUGAUUGCGCUGAAUGAGACGAAGAACUACUACAAAGUGAACCCCAACCUGUUAUUACAGACCAUGAGGCUAUAUCUUGCCGAUAGGAAGUUUACGGAAUAACUAGUUCAAUUAAAAGUCAAAUGAGGGUAGUACAUAAUUUACAGCAUUAGUGCUAGACUUACUUAUUCUCUUACAAAUAUUAACUCGGUAAUAUAAAUAUGUAUCUACUCAUGUUUUUCAUGUUAUUAAAUCCACAACGCUUGUGAUUUAACAAGGCGUUUAAAUUGAAUUAUUAUACUUCGUAAUUCUAUUAAGUAUAAGCUGGUUAUCUAUUAUGUAUUACUUAUAUAACACGGUUGUUUGCAUACUAAUACAGUUCUAACUUGCAACCUAACUCAGGCUAGCGCGCAAUUGAUGGUUGAUGCUAAAAUUAUAUAGUGCUAAGCCUUCAACUUAUGUAUCUACAUACUUACCUGUAGCUUAAGCAAAUUAAAAGCCUACAGUUACCGUUUAUUUUAUAGGAAACAUAAUUCGUAAGAUGCUAUGUUAAUGUUAACCAAAGUGAUGUUUCCAUUAGCGGAUUAAUAUUUGGUUUAUUAUAAAUAGCUGACCCGGCAAAGGUUGUUUUGCCAUAUAAAUUAUUUUAAGAGUAAAACCGUUUCUUGGACAUUGCAACAUUACUUUACAAACUUACAUUAAAAUAAAAGAUUUUUUUUAAAUAAACGUAGCUUAAGUUACUCCUUAUUACAUCAGCUACCUGCCAAUAAAAGUCCCGUCAUAAAUUGGUCCAGCCGAGAUUAGCCGGAACAAACAGACAGACAUACAGACAAAAAUAUUAAAAAGUGUUAUUUUGUGUGUACAUACAUAUUCAUAUACAUGUAGUAAAAAACUGUUAUUUCAAUAUUACAAACAGACACUCCAAUUUUAUUUAUAUGUAUAGAUAUAGUAACAAUAUCAGUAUUAAUACUAUUAGAUUAUUUACAUUAGUUAUAACUAAUCUGUCUCAUCAUACGUAAAAAUCUUCCAAAAAUGUAUAAGGACAAUAUAUUAAUUAUUUAUCCUAAGUUUUAUAAUGAUACUAAUGUAUUUGUUUAAUCUAAGUUUGUUCCGUUUUUCAAAAGAUGUCAACAUUUAAAAAAAUAUUGAGUGCUGAAUCAAAACUUGUACAAAACGGACCUUUAGAUAUAAUGCGACUACUCCAAAGCGGAAAGAAAACCUUAAAAAACAAAAUAUUUAUCUGGCUACAUAGAGAUACAACCUUCGCGUCGUAAUUAUUAAUUCGUUAACAUUUUUUUUUAAGAAAGCCUAUCCAUAUAUUAUAAGUAUUCUGUCAAAUAGCAAAGGCUUGGGGUUACCCUCCAAAAAAUUGAUUUUCAAUAUUAGGUAUAAGAAUGAAUAUUUAUCCAUUAGAAUGUAAAGCCAUGGCUGUGACUUAGAAUAAUUGUUAGAUAGUUGUAGUUAGAGAAUUUUUAAAUUAUUAUUAUAUUGUAAAUAGUUCCACAAUAUCACCUUUGUUAGUACCUAUUCUAUGAUUCUAUUCACUAUUGUUAAAAUAAAGUAUAAUGCAUUAAUUGGUGUAACUACUAUAUUUUGUUUUAAUAUUAAU